CCCACUCCCUACAGAUUUUCCCUGAAGUAAAGCGAAACUGUAGUAAAAUAAAAUCGUGAAAAUUUAUCAAAUUCUCGAUAUCUGUAAAAGUUUUAUGUGUAAAUAAUUGAAAAAAUAAAAAAGUUAUUGUAUAGUAAUGAUCUGUUAACUAUAGUUUAUGUUUACGACUUGGUUUGUUCUUUUGGUGUUGUUCCCGUUAUCCAUAUUUUGGUUUUAGCCACGUUUUGCGGCUGAUUUGAAGCUUAUCCAGAAGAAAAAUGCAAUUUAUAGUGUAAUCCGGUGUUUAAUAGCAAGAAUCAACAAUGUCGAGCAUGUCAGACCGCAAGGCGGAGCUGGAGCGGAAGAAGGCGAAGCUCCAAGCUCUGCGAGAGGAGAAGGAUCGCCGCCGGCGGGAGAAGGAACAGAAAGAUGCUGAGGAAGCUUUGCAAAGAGCGUCAACAGCGUCGAGCAUCGACAGCCGGCGCGACCUGGACGAGAUGCUGUCGUCGCUGGGCGUGGCUCCUGUCAAGGACGUGCUCUCGUCCCUGUCAUCGAUGACGUCACUCACGCCGCCGCAGACUGCGUCUCCGGACGUCAGUCUACCGCACACUGACAAGAGCAGUUUGCCUUUACAGGGAGGAGCGAAGAAGCAGUCGCUUCUACUCCAAGUGGUGUCGGUACAAUCAACUGACAUCCCGCCAAAAGAAAACGUGACUUAUGCCAAGCAAACACAGACCACGGCGUCUGGCGGCGUAGCGGAGCUGAGAGAUGGAUAUAUGGAGGACUGGUGGCGGCCGCGCAAAGCACACGCAACCGACUACUACGACGAGUACAAUCUAAACCCGGGUUUAGAGUGGGAGGACGAGUUCACAGUGCUUACAUUCGACGGCGACGCGGGGGCUCGGCAAGGCGACGAAGAGGAUGCAGCAUUCCAUGGGAAGCUGCCUCCGGGGAUCCUGCCACAUGGGCUGCCGACGGUGAAGGAGGUCCAGCCGGCGGUCACUGCCGCGCCUGUUGAGAAGAAAGAAGAAGAGAAGGAGAAGAAAAUUCACGAGCUAAGCGCGGAUGAGAAGCAGACGAUAAUGCUGUCGCCAGCGUUCCAAAGCUUCAUGAGCCGCGCCGGACGGGUCAUCGAGCGAGCGCUAGCGGAGUCCGUCGAUAUUUACACCGACUACACUGGAGGUGGCGACAGUGAGAAUGCUCAAGACGACAAAUCAGACGCGAAGCUCUCUCUAGUCCGAACAUUCUACGACGAGCGUUGGUCUCGUGGUCGUUGCGUGACCUGCCUGGACUGGUCGUCAGCGCACCCCGAGCUACUGCUGGCUUCGUACCACAACAGCGAUGACGCACCGCACGACCCCGACGGCGUAUGCCUCGUAUGGAACACCAAGUUCAAGAAGACCACGCCCGAAGACAUCUUCCAUUGCCAGUCGCCCGUUAUGAGUGCUACUUUUGCGAGGUUCCAUCCCAACUUGAUUCUGGGCGGCACGUACUCAGGCCAGAUCGUCCUCUGGGAUAACCGUGUCCAGAAACGGACACCGAUACAGCGCACGCCACUGUCUUCCUUAGCACACACGCACCCAGUAUACUGCCUAUCAGUAGUCGGCAGUCAGAACGCCCACAACCUAAUCUCAGUGUCGACUGACGGCCGCAUGUGUUCGUGGUCGCUAGACAUGCUGUCGCAACCGCAAGAAACGCUGGACUUGCAGCAUCGGCAGAGCAAGGCUGUGGCUGUCACCUCCAUGGGAUUCCCUCACGGAGACGUCAAUAACUUCGUGCUCGGCAGUGAAGAUGGGAAUAUCUAUACUGGCUGCCUGUACGGCCAACGCGCUGGAGUAACUGAGUGCGUGGAAGCUCACGCCGGGCCGGUGACGGGGGUGUCUUGCCACUGCGCGCCCGGCUCCGUCGACUUGUCGCACCUCUACCUCACCUGCUCCAUGGACUGGAGCGUCAAGCUGUGGAGCUUGAAGGAGAACAAAGCGCUGUACUCGUUCGAGGACAGUGGCGACUACGUGUCGGACGUGCGCUGGUCGCCGGCGCACCCUGCGCUGUUCGCCGCCGUCGACGCUGCUGGCAGGCUCGACCUGUGGAACCUGAAUAGAGAUACUGAGGUGCCAGUAGCGUCGAUCGUGGCGGAGGGCGGAGCUGCGUUCAACCGCGUGUCGUGGACGCCCACCGGGUCCCACGUGUGUGCGGGCGACGAUGCCGGCCAGAUCUGGGUGUACGAGCUGGCUGAGCACAUGGCCCAACCGCGUCACGACGAGUGGACCAAGUUCGUGUACACUCUCCAAGAGCUGCGCAACAACCAAGCGGACGAGGAGACCGACCGCCUCAGCCUGGCGCCCUCCGGCCCGCCCUCGCUCACCAGCCUUACGUCGCUGGCGAGCAACCCACUGCGGUAGAGGGAGUUAGAGAGAGAUAUGAAAGAGAGAAAGAGUUGAAGUAUGAAAUGGGUACGGUAUAUCUUAAGGCCGGUCGCACUUUGGACGCGUUUUCGUACGAAUUCGUGUCGUGACUGUGUGAAUACACAGGACGCAGGAACAAUCCCCAGUUUCCAUGUAUCUACUCUGAGAGCAUGCACACUGGGCAUGAGUUAGUCGUCUCAAAUUUCUAACCAAAGUGUGACCGGCCUAUAACAAGUGGCUGGACAGUGCAUAUUCAACUACAUAAUAUUGUAAAUUGGGUUUAAAAUCCCUGUAGUUGAGCGUUCCGAUUACGGCGCGAAAAUGUACUUAUUCACAAUGCACGUUUAUCAUAUCGAAACAAUCUAGACUAGUGCUUGUAGAUCUAAGCAUAUCUAGAAACUAGACUUUGAAUGUAACAGUCAGUGCUAACUUGUCACAUUGUUUAUGGUCAUACCAUUGUAAUAAAACUUCCAAAAUCUUGUCAUAGUAACAUUUUCUCUCUUUCACAAUUCCAUUGUUAUAAUCAUCUACGCAUUUGAUAGGUAAGCAUGCAAGUUUUGUACGCCGAGAGUAAGAUUGAGGACUGAAUUUUUGGAUAUGGCAAAUUAUGAGAUUGAUUAGUGUGAAGUCACUUAUUAAUACUAGAGUUAUUAGUCGAAUAAAUUCGAUAUAAAACAACUUACAAUUUUAACUCUUAAAUGCAGCUAUUUUAAACUUCUCAACCAUGCAUAAUGAAACUUAGUGCUAUCAAAUUGUAAUUAUUAUUAUAGCUCAGUUAUAGAUUAACUAAUAAUAUUUAUAUUUAUUAAAAGACAAGAGUAUUGUUAUAUAAAAAGCAGGUACUUUUUGUUUAGGCUUUAUCAAAUAAAUAAAUUGCUUAAAAUUAUA